AUGAGCCUUUCAAAAUUUUUAUUUAUUUACAUUCCAUUUAGAAAGACGUAUUUGUUUUCUACGCUUGGUUUCACCGCUGCUGCUUUUACGAUUGGUAGUUUGAGUUGGUGGACUCCAAACUUUUUCAUUUAUUUGAGGUACUUUAUUGGUGGUGUUGUUUGUUCAGAUGUCAUUUUUAGGGCGAACUUGAUUUUUGGUAUUAUCACAUGCGUCGCCGGGUUCGUAGGCGUUGUGACUGGUUCGACAGUGGCACAGAUCUGGCGAAUGACUAAUCCGCGGGCGGAUUCGCUGGUCUGUGGCUUGGGGCUAGUCGCCGUUGUUCCGUUCCUGUACGUUGCUCUCAAUAUUCUUCAGAUUAGUGAAUCCGCUGCUUACCCGUUGGUCUUCAUCACCGUUACCUUGCUUUGUCUAAACUGGGCCCUGUUGUCAGACAUUUUGCUGUCCGUAAUAGCUCCAAAUCGAAGGUCAACAGCCAGCGCCUUUCAAAUUCUGGUUUCUCAUCUCUGUGGAGACGCUGUUAGUCCUUAUAUCAUUGGACAGUCAUCAUCUUCAUGUAAUCAUAUUCCUUGCGAAAGUAGUCAGUUAUUUGAUCAGUUGAUGGCUGAUAGCAAUCCACUCUGUUGA